AGGUACUCCAUCCAAAGAGUCAUGCGACCGAAGAAAUACUACAAAACUGUUUUCUACGGGCUUCUCGACAUAGCUGUUAUUAACGCUUUUAUCACCCACCGUGAGUACGCGAAGUCGGUGGGGGAAAACCCUCUUUCACACGCGGAUUUUCUCAUUCAGCUACACGAGGAGCUACUCGCUCUCGGAGAUGAUGACUUCCUGGAAACGGUGCCAGUCGCCGAAGCCGCUGUUACCGAGGUGGAGCCAAGAUCUAACCAGACACCAGUUUCGACGGCGUACUCGCUAGCAAGCUCGAAGCAUCAAUUGAUGGUGUCGACGGACAAGACAGCGAAGGGCAAGUUCAAGUUUCGCGUGUGCAAAGUUUGUUCGGUACUGCGUGGUGCUGGCAGGCCUGGAUCGAAUCGACCUCCCGGCACAACGCGUCAAGCAACUGUUUUGUGUUCCAAGGCGCGACACGUAUCCGAUGGUAAUUCUGUAUCGUGCUUUAAUAUUUGGCACUCGAAAUGGAAGAACGGAGAUCAACUUCCG